AUGCCCAACUGGCGCGACCAGUAUCUGUCUGGCAUCAAAGAUGCAGAGCUCAAUAAUCCCGUCAACAUGGAGCUCGUUCAAACAUGCUCGCAGAUGGCAGAUCGCAUAUCUGCUCUUGAAGCUGAAAAGAACGGAUUAGAAACCUUGGUCACAACCAACGGAAAGACAACUGCGAGACCCGCAGAGCCAUCAACAAACGACCCAGCUGUCGCGCAGCUGAAACAAGAUCUCGCUGAAGCUCUUCGUUCAAAGGGCGUCGCCGAGAAACGACUACGUUCAAGCGAAGAAGAGUUAUUGCAGCUACGAUCCAAACACAAGACAAACACGAGAUCGAUAAGAGACCUUACAGCGGACAGGAACAGUCUUACCACCAGACUCAAAGAUAGAGAGUAUGAGCUGAGGGAAAAACGUAAAUUUAUUGAGCAAGUCCAAGAUGAGAUGAUUGCGUUGAAUCUCCAAAUGUCGAUGGCUGAGAAGGAAAGAGACAAGGUCAAAAAGGAAAACAAGGAACUCGUUGACCGAUGGAUGAAGAGGAUGGCGCAGGAAGCAGAGGCCAUGAACCUUGCCAACGAGCCCAUCUUCAAAAAAGGACGAUAA